AUGUUUUAUGAUCUUAAUCUUCCUUAUUUUGCUCAAUCUGACUUAGUCAAUCAAGAUGAACUUUGUACAAGAGUAGACAUGCUUAUAAAGCUCGGUUACCAUGUUGUAGCAUACAAUCAUGUUAUCACAGGAAAAAUAAAUCCUAAUAAAAUGAACCUCAUCGAUACUUCUGGCAAAAAGCCAAAGAUCGAACAAUUAACUCGGUUAACAUAUGUUAUUGAAGAUAUAAGCCAAAAUCAUGGAUUGACUCAAACCAAUAGUGCGCUUGCAUCUUAUGAUAUUCUCGCAGUUCACCCAACGAAUGAAAAAACAUUUUUAAAUGCUUGUAAUACACUUGAGAUAGAUUUGAUAUCACUUGAAAUGGGAUCACGAUUACCAUUUUAUCUAAAGCAUAGUAUAGUGGGAUUGGCUAUUGAGCGUGGAAUAUUUUUUGAAAUCUCCUACGCCCCUGCUAUAAGAGAUGCCACAUCUCGUCGUCAUCUUAUAUCAAAUGCUCAAAACUUGGUAAGAGUAUCACGUGGAAAAAACAUAAUCAUUACAAGUGAAGCACAAAGAGCAAUGGAAUUACGUGGUCCUUAUGAUAUUAUUAAUUUAGGUACUAUAAUGGGUAUGAAUCAAGCUAUAGCCAAAGAAUGCAUAACGACGAAUUGUAGAGCUUUAGUGAUUCGUGCCGCAACACGUCGAGAUACCCAUAGGGCCGUUGUUUCUUUUAAACCAAUUACUUCAUUGAAAUCAAAUGAGUUAUGGAAA